GAGAGAGGAGAAGAGAAGAGAAGACACGGCGGCUUGAGAGGGGAGACGAGACGGGAGAAAUAUAGGAGGACCGGAAGCAGGGUGGGGAGGUGAGCCUCCAAACCCUAAAGAUCGAGACGAGGCGUCGAUCUGGACUGCGUUUUAUUUUUGGAAAUUUCUAUUUUGACUGAGUUCCCGAGUAAUCGAACUCCAGAUCGAGGGUUGAUUGGUGGGGAUUAGCAAAGGGAGCUCGUCUCGGUUCGGAUCAGCGCUGGAUCGCUCGAGCGACGUUCUUUCUCGGCCUUGAUGGCGGUCCUAUAAGGGUAUCCUCCUGUUCUGCUGUGUUCAUGGUGGAUUUUCCAAGUUAGGUUGGAUUAUAAGUGGAUUACUCUUCUGUGAUGGUUUUUAUGGCGAGCCUGGUUUUGUUGUGCUUUUAGAUUUAGAUAUGUCUGUGGUUGAUUUUGGUGGUUGAGCAUCUCAGAUCUGUUCAUCCCAGUGAUACCGACGUAGUAACCGGAGAAAGUUUUGAUUUGUACGCAUUUUGAGGAAUUUAUUCGUGUUGUUUCAGCGGAAGACUUGUGGCCGAAUUAGAUCUGCAGUGGUGGUAGGAGAAGAAGAAACAUUUUUCUGAAGGCUUUAGGUGGAAAAGAUUUCUUGCCAGAUAAAAGGGUGUUUAUCUGAUCAGAGACCAGUCUAACUUGUUUGGAUUUUAGAUCUUUGCGCUGGAGCGAUUAGGGGUUCCGGGAACUAUGUCUUCCUUGAGCAGGGAGUUGGUUUUCCUGAUACUGCAGUUCCUGGAUGAGGAAAAGUUCAAGGAAGCCGUUCAUAAGUUGGAGCAAGAGUCAGGCUUUUACUUCAAUAUGAAACAUUUUGAAGAUCUGGUUCAAGGAGGGGAAUGGGAUGAAGUGGAACGAUAUCUUGGUGGUUUCACCAAGGUUGAAGAUAAUCGCUAUUCGAUGAAAAUCUUCUUUGAGAUUAGGAAGCAGAAGUACCUUGAAGCACUUGAUAGGCAUGAUAGGGCAAAGGCUGUUGAGAUACUCGUCAAGGAUCUCAAAGUUUUUGCCUCUUUCAAUGAGGAACUGUUCAAGGAGAUCACCCAGUUGCUUACCCUGGAGAAUUUUAGACAAAAUGAGCAGCUCUCUAAGUAUGGGGAUACUAAAUCAGCCAGAAAUAUAAUGCUCAUGGAGCUUAAGAAGCUUAUCGAAGCUAAUCCUUUGUUUCGUGAUAAAUUGACAUUUCCACCAUUUAAAGCUUCUCGGUUGCGGACACUAAUCAACCAAAGUCUUAACUGGCAGCAUCAACUUUGCAAGAAUCCACGCCCAAACCCUGAUAUUAAAACACUUUUCACCGAUCACUCUUGUGCUGCUCCUACCAAUGGAGCUCGUGCACCACCACCUACCAAUGGCCCACUUGUUGCGGCAAUUCCUAAACCUGGAGCAUUUCCACCAAUGGGUGCUCAUAGUCCAUUCCAACCGGUUGUCUCCCCGCCAGCAGGUGCCAUCGCGGGGUGGAUGACAAAUGCUAACCCACCAUUACCACAUGCUGCUGUGGCACAAGCCCCUCCUGGUCUUGUGCAACCUCCAAGUACAGCUGCUUUUCUGAAGCACCCAAGGACUCCUACAAGUGCGCCUGGUAUGGAUUAUCAAACAGCAGACUCUGAACACCUGAUAAAGAGAAUGCGUAUGGGUCAAUCAGAGGAGGUAUUCUCCGGUUCAAGUCAUCCACCCAACAUAUACUCCCAAGAUGAUAUCCCAAAAACUGUUGUACGUACUCUUAGUCAGGGUUCGAACGUCAUGAGCUUGGAUUUCCACCCUAUGCAUCAAACAAUUAUUCUUGUUGGGACAAAUGUUGGUGACAUUGGCAUAUGGGAAGUUGCAUCUCGCGAGAGGAUAGCACACAGAACAUUCAAGGUUCGGGAAAUUGGGACUUGUAGUUUGACCUUGCAGGCUACACUAAUGAAAGAUGCAUCAAUAUCUGUAAAUCGAUGCUUAUGGAGUCCUGAUGGAUCUAUUCUUGGAGUUGCUUUUUCAAAGCAUAUUGUCCAGACAUAUGCUUUUAGUUUGAAUGGAGAAUUGAGGCAGCAGAUGGAGAUUGAUGCACAUGUAGGUGGUGUCAAUGACAUUGCCUUUUCCCAUCCCACCAAGAGUUUGUCGAUAAUCACAUGUGGCGAUGACAAGGCAAUCAAAGUAUGGGAUGCCACAACAGGACAGAUGCAAUACACAUUUGAGGGCCAUGAAACUCCUGUAUACUCUGUAUGCCCACACUCUAAAGAGUCUAUACAGUUUAUCUUCUCUACUGCCAUUGAUGGGAAAAUCAAAGCAUGGCUAUAUGAUUGUCUGGGAUCCAGGGUUGACUAUGAUGCUCCUGGGCAUUGGUGCACAACAAUGGCAUACAGUGCAGAUGGAACAAGGCUUUUUUCUUGUGGAACCAGUAAAGAUGGUGACUCACACUUGGUUGAGUGGAAUGAGACUGAGGGAGCUAUUAAAAGGACAUACGCUGGCUUUAGGAAGCGUUCAUUAGGAGUUGUCCAAUUUGACACAACAAGGAACCGUUUCUUGGCUGCAGGAGAUGAAUUCAUGAUUAAAUUUUGGGAAAUGGACAACACCAGUGUUCUGACUACAACUGAUGCAGACGGUGGAUUGCCUGCAAGUCCUCGCUUGAGAUUCAACCGUGAAGGCUCAUUGCUUGCAGUUACAACUAGUGACAAUGGUAUUAAAAUCUUAGCUAAUGCUGAUGGGCAACGGUUGGUGAGGAUGCUUGAGAGCAGGGCAUUUGAAAAUUCUCGAGGUGCUCCUCAACAGAUUAAUGCCAAUAUAAAGCCACCCAUUGUCAAUGCACUGGGAACUGUUUCAAAUGUUUCUAGUCCUAUAGCAGCUACCCCUGAACGAGCUGAUCGAGCCCUACCUGCAGUGUCAAUGAGUAACUUAGCUGCUAUGGAUAAUAAUAGGAUUGUAGACAUUAAGCCGAAAAUUUCAGAAGAUGCUGAAAAGAUGAAAAGCUGGAAGUUAGCUGACAUAGUUGAUUCUGCUCAUCUGAGAACAUUGCGGUUGCCAGAUACAGUGACAAACUCAACAAAGGUAGUUCGGUUGUUAUAUACAAACUCUGGGCUAGCAAUACUGGCACUUGGUUCCAAUGCUGUUCAUAAACUAUGGAAAUGGACACGUAAUGAGCGAAAUCCAUCUGGGAAGUCAACUGCAUCUGUGGCCCCUCAGCUGUGGCAACCAUCAAAUGGCAUUCUUAUGACCAAUGAAACAAGUGACGGCAAUCCAGAAGAAGCAACCGCAUGCAUUGCUUUGUCCAAGAAUGACUCUUAUGUUAUGUCUGCAUCUGGUGGAAAGGUCUCUUUAUUUAACAUGAUGACUUUUAAGGUUAUGACUACAUUCAUGCCACCCCCACCUGCGGCUACUUUCCUAGCAUUCCAUCCUCAAGACAAUAAUAUCAUUGCAAUUGGAAUGGAAGAUACUACUAUACAGAUAUAUAAUGUUCGAGUUGACGAGGUUAAAACCAAGCUCAAGGGCCACCAGAAAAAAAUUACUGGCCUUGCAUUUUCCCAGUCGCUAAAUGUGCUUGUCUCCUCAGGAGCUGAUGCUCAGCUCUGCAUGUGGAGCAUUGAUGGAUGGGAGAAGAAAAAGUCACGAUUUAUCCAAGCACCUCCUGCUCGUGCAUCCCCAUUAGUUGGUGAUACCAAAGUUCAAUUUCACAAUGAUCAGACACAUCUCUUAGUCGUCCAUGAAAGCCAACUGGGAAUCUAUGACAGCAAGCUUGACUGUUUGCGCUCGUGGUCACCGAGAGAUGCACUACCAGCACCAAUUUCAACUGCUGUGUAUUCCUGUGAUGGUUUAUUGGUGUAUGCCGGAUUUGUUGAUGGUGCUGUUGGAGUUUUCGAAUCAGAUAGCCUGAGGCUUCGUUGCCGGAUUGCAUCCACUGCCUACAUAAGCCCAUCCAUUGCUAGUCCUGGAUCAGUUCAUCCAAUGGUGAUCGCAGCUCACCCAUCCGAACCCAAUCAGAUAGCACUCGGGAUGAAUGACGGUGCAGUUCAUGUGGUAGAGCCAUCUGAUCCAGACUCAAAAUGGGGUGUAGCCCCUCCCCAAGAAAAUGGAGCUCUCCCGUCCUCCUCCAAUCCUGCUUUAAACAAUAGUCAGGCAUCAGAACCCCCUCCCAGGUGACUAACUUCGCUUUAGAACGACGAUAGUUAUAUACCUGAAAGACAUGGUAUGGUAGGAGAAAGCAUAAUAGCCACCUCAGAGUCACAAGUGCUCUCUUUUUGUUUCUAGUAACUUGUGGUUCUUGUAAAGCUCCUCUUAUCUAUUUGGUACUAGAAAGGGUGGGGAUAGAUGUGAGAUGUAAUAUAUAUAGCCUAUGCUGAAACUUGGUAUUGCUUAAUUUUGGCAUUCCCCUACAACGUUGACGUUGUCGAUCGAUCGAGUUUUUCAAGUUAGUGGCUACUGUCAGAGAAUGCGAAUGCUGGACUAGUGAUUCUAUGGCCCCUACCAUGGAUUUCUUGGCUUCUCUUCUCAUAUACAAGUUUCUCACCAAAAUGAUAAUGCAUGACUUGUUUCAAUUUCA